AGAAUUACGGCAUAUGUAUAUAUGUCUAUACAUAAAAGUGAAGUGAUCCCAGUGAUGUCGCGUGGAUAGAACUACAUCGUGGAAUCCUCAAGAUGUUGUACCGUUUGUGUUUCCUUCUCUUCUGUUACGUCACCCAAGCUGUAACUGAGAAAUCUGAUACAAAACCUUCUAUACAAUACGAUGAGGCCUGGCUCACCAUCAACUCCACAGUGUUGUUUUCUACCUCCAUAUUCUACAUCAACACAGAGUGCUAUAAGUGCCCGUAUGUGUUAUGGGGUGAGGCGCCCGGAGAAAUCAUCACAACCCUCGUGGUAAAUACAACAUUCGGAACGAGGCUGAAGUUCCAGAGAAGACAACCUAAUGGAGUACAGGAGACGUUUUGCGAAAUACAGGAAAAGUUUAAAGAGAACGGUGACUACAUAUUGUACCUGAACUAUUCGUCAUACACCUCAGAACGAUGUGACGUUCUUCUAACCAACGACCCACUUCCGGCGGAAAUGCCAAUCCUGUAUGUGUUCCUGGGACUUCUAGCGCUCGCCAUACUCGUCAAGGUCGGGGGAUACUGCUACAGGGUUUCUAUUGGCCGCAAUCCAGAAGUAGACCUUCUUCUACACGACUCGGACCACGGUCAAGCUUGCUGCACGAUCAGGCAUUGUCCCUGCUGGCCAAACUAUUCACAGACGCAUGGCUGGGUGGAACUGGAAAGCUUCAAAAAACGUACCCGUACACAGUCCGCCAAUAUUACUAACCCGGGUCAGAGGUCAAGGCAUGAUCUGCACGUGACGAAUAUAAAAACUGUAUCGAAAACUGCUCCCGACAAUUACGGAACCCUGGAGAUGGACAUACGUCCACCGUUAUAUAGAGAGGAGGAAGAUGAGGAGAAACCAAGGAAAGAGAGGCUGAAGUCACUGGACACAUUUAGGGGAUUAAGUUUGGUAAUCAUGGUGUUCGUUAACUAUGGAGGGGGAGGCUACUGGUUCUUUGAACACCCCCCAUGGAAUGGUCUAACUGUGGCAGACCUCGUCUUCCCAUGGUUCAUCUUUAUAAUGGGAACCGCAAUGAAUUUCUCAUUCCGUGGGAUGCUGAGAAGAGGGAAGUCCAGACUUAGAAUAUUUUUUAAAAUAUUGAAAAGAUCAUUCCUGUUGUUCGCCAUUGGGAUUAUACUUAAUACAAACUGGGGACCUGUGGACCUCAACAAUAUCCGGAUUCCUGGUGUUCUCCAGCGGUUUAGUCUGACCUAUCUGGUGAUCGCCCUAAUGGAACUCGCGUUUACAAGGAAAAGGGAUUCGCAUCAGGAGAGCUGUUUUGCGCCUAUCAGAGAUAUUGUUCUCUACCUACAUGAGUGGAUUAUCGCCCUUGGUGUUCUAGUGGCGUAUAUUGCGAUCACUACAUUUUUACCGGUCCCCGGGUGCCCCACAGGAUACGUAGGUCCCGGGGGUCUAAGUGAGGGAGGAGCGUAUUACAACUGUACCGGAGGAGUAGCAAGUUACAUAGAUAGGAUGGUACUGGGUAGCGAACACAUCUAUAACCAUCCAACGCCUCAGCGGAUAUACCAAACGACGACAGCCCAUGACCCGGAAGGAAUCCUCGGAACUCUGACCUCUGUUUUCCUUUGUUUCCUUGGUGUACAGUCUGGGCGUAUAAUCGUCACCUAUCCUAAACACAGCUCCAGGAUAUGUCGGUGGAUUGUCUGGGCAAUCAUCACGGGUGGAAUCGGUGCCCUGCUUUGCAAGGCUUCGCAGAACGAUGGCUGGGUGCCCCUUAACAAAAAUCUUUGGUCUGUGUCCUUCAUCCUCGUCACCGCUAGCUUUGCUUUCAUCGUCCUCUCUUUCUUCUACAUCAUCAUCGACAUCCUCCAUUGGUGGGACGGAGACCCAUUCAUAUAUCCAGGUAUGAAUUCCAUUGUGGUUUAUGUCUGUCAUGACGUGUUCUACCGUUUCUUCCCCGUGAACUGGCAAAUGGAUUCCCCACAGCAUUGGCAGCUCCUCCUUAAAGCGAUAUGGGAUACGUCCAUCUGGGUAGUCCUCGCCUACAUCCUCUUCCGGAAGAAAAUAUUUGUUGCACUAUAGGUAGACCAUAAACUGGAACCUCGCGAGACUAUUAUGAUAUUAGGUACCACUAUGACAUAUAAAACCAACACUGAUGGAAUAUGGAUGAUUGAUAGGGACGUUAUCAUAUCUAGAACGCUUAAGUUACUGUUGUUUUCUGCGAAGGAGAUGUUUUUAAAAGAUGUUUAUUUUAAAACGUAUUUCGAUAUUAAAAUAAAAUCUUUAGUUUCAAAACUACUGCUUCAACCAUUAUGUGGUUGCACGAUUUUCUCUGUAGAGAAACGCAUACCCUUGGAGUUGGGUCUUAUAUAUAAAUUAAUUUUAUCAUAUAUAAGUAAGGCUUACAUAAUCUAUGUGCCUAAGUGAUUAUUUGUCAAACUUGUUUUAUAGAUCUAAAUCAUGUAGUUACGAGAAUAGGUUUGUGCUGUCAUGGUUGUGUCCUUGGGCUAGACACUUUACCCUAAUUGCUCUGGAUGACAUGCGACGGGCCUCACAUAUGUUUUUCAGUGAGGUAGUCACCAACUACUACAAGGAGAUCUCGCCUCAAACCCCGACUGUUCACGGAUUGAUAGAACAAACAAACAAAUAAUCAGAGUAGUGGUUAUUUGUCUGAUUGAGACGACAGAGUGUAGUUUCCGAAAUGUCAUGCCCAAAAGCCAAACACUGGCUGUAAUAUACAAAUGUCUGUUUAACAUACAUACAAACAAACCAGAAGAAAAUGUUUCAUGAAACAUUUAAACUGUGCUUUAGGCUAAGGGUUAGCAUUCCGGGAUCGGACCGUCAGGUCCUUAAGAAGAAAAAAAUGUUACAGAUACCAAUCAAAUUCUAAAGUUUAUUUAAUACAGAACAUGUCAUAUAUAUUCAUUAAAAUCAAUAAAGAUGUUUUCAUAUGUACAA